AUGUUAGGAUAUCCAUCCUCAGCAUUAAAUUUGCAAACCCAAACGAGGGGUGUUUCAAAAUUACCCUCAAUGAAACGGAGUCUUGGUCUUGGUACAAGUACAAGACCAAGACCGAUUUCGGGCAACACUGAACUCCACGCAAAGAAACUGAUGAUAUUAAAAAAACGAGUCAAUUCAUCAAACUAACAGAAUUAAAUUAUUACAUUUAAGAAGACUAAUCCCGCUAACGGUCACUGUAAUCGAAGAGAAGUUAAAAAAAAAAAGAAGCAUAUAAAGUAAAAAAGCUGAUAAAAUCAUUGGAAAAGGAAAAUUGGAUGGAAUUAAAAAUUGCUUUGUGGUAAGCCCAUGUUCAGAAAAGAUAAAAAUUUAGGUGAGUGAAUCCAAAGUUUUAUUGGAAGAAGUAGUAUACGCUGUAAGGACUUUAAGAAAGAGAUUAAGAAGGAAAUACGGGAAAGGAGUUGAUACAUAGUCAGAUAAAGAU